GUCUGGAGAAUGAAAGGAUGUCCGUGCCAGUCAGUCCCGCGGUUUAUUUAUUGUCUUGUUUUGAAAUUAGCUAGUUAACUGAUUACCAAAAAUGGACGUAGAUUUAAUGUUGAGUGAUAUAAAAUCUGACCCUCUAGAAUUACCUGACUCCGUACAGCUAGUGUUGCAGACUAUAGAGUCGGCAAAGCUGACACGAGCCAAAGCGGAGGUGGCUGGCAGACUUGAGGUCAUCCUCAAUAGCGUGAACAGUGCUGUGCAGCGCCUCCAUCUAGCCGCUGUGGUACAGGCCGAGGAGGAGGCCGACCAUGAAGACGACGAAGACGCGCCGCACAAGGACAUGAGCAAGAGGCGCGAGCUUGCGCGCUCCUUCAUUAAAGCCUUCUUUCUUUCCAACUUUGAUAAGACGGAGCACCUGAGCACCGUCCUUCAUUGGCUCCAGGACACUGUCGAGGACCUGGCUGAGGCUCAGCAGGAUGAGUAUAAUUUGGCAGACAUCACACAGAAGUGGGUGGAAGAGAUGGAGGAAAAGAUUGAGGAGUCAUUGUUGGAUGUAGAGACACGCAUUCAGCGCCUGCAUCAGAUUUCUAGGCAGAUUUUAACAGCUGACGCCAACAAGAACAAGACAAAAGAUAAAGAUGGUGUUUGGUGCUGGUGGAGAGAGGCUAAGGUCAACGCCAAAAUGAUUCUGAGGAUUCAGCAGUUCCAGCCUCCGUCUGUGGAGGAGUUGCUGGAUGAUGACGCCCAGGCAGCCGAGAGCACCGACAACCUGUGCUUCAUGUUCAGAGACAUGGCAAAGUUCCUGUCGUGCAAGAAACCGAUGGCCAUGGCCUUCAGCUUCGGACAAGCUGGCCUCCAGAACAUGUGUGCGGCCCUUGCGGAGCGUACGUGGGAAACAGAGCGGCUCCGCAAGGAGCUGGAGUGCCUGAAGGCCUCGAAUGCCCAGGAGGAGUCGGUCAAGCACGUGGACACGAGCGAACAGCUGUACAUCUCACGACUGAAGACGGACCUGAACAGCAGGAACAGGAACAUCUCCCAGAUGAAGUUGCAGAUCUCUGGCCUGGAGCAAGACAACGCCUCCCUUGUGCUGGAGGUCAAGAGGCUUCAGCAAGCGGCCCCCGUUUUCAUACCAAUCCAGCAGCCCUCUCUGACAGUGACCCCCUCUCUGACCCCCUCUCCAAAGGCCUCUGUCGUCUCUGUGGUGCAAUAUGAGGAGGAGAAGGAGGAGGAGGAAGAGGAGGAGAGCGAACCUGAACCAGAAACUCAGGCUAGUUCUGUUGAAGAGCCAGCGCCACCAGCUGGGGAAACAGAGGUUGUGCGUCACGUGUCAGAGGUGAGGGUGCCAAUUCGAUCCGCCACUCCCGAGGAGCGCCCCGCGACUCCUGAGAUCAAACUGCCAGAGCCGCCUGCUCCAAAGGUCACUCCUGUCAUCGCUCUUCCAGAGAAAAGAAAUGCAUUUACACAAACACCUUCUCAGUCGUCUCUCCCCGCUGGCGCUGAAAAGCUGCCCUCUGUGACGGCUGUCCCUGGGCCAGUGGUGAGCCUGGAGGCUCUGCCUGUUCGCAGCUCCUCUUCCGUCUGCUCCUUUGAUGCUGAAAUAGAAGACGUGGAGUCUAAUCCUGAGUCGCCUCAGCCCAAAGUGGACAAAGACCCACAGCCCAGGAAGAGCCCAGUGUUUCGGGUGAAGCCGGCCCCUACGCCGUCCUUCAGAACACCAUCUCCCGUAGUCCACUUCUUGGAGGAGGACCUGGAGCGCUACAUGGAGGACUUAAUGGGGGAUGGGCAGAGCGUCCAGAAGGAAAUGGCCGCGAUGAGGUACCGCCUGAGUGUGGAAGCACAGAGAACCAAUCUGAAGCUAUUGCGUCAGGCGGCCCAAAGUGAAGCUCUUCCCUCCAAGCUCUACCAAAUGGCAAAGCACACCAUCAAGCGCUCGCUCAACGCUGCCGAUCUGCGCCUGUCCUGCCUCAUGAGGAAAUAUAUUGCCUAUAAAGCACUGAUGCAAGUUAGGCACAACCUAAAUGUCCAGUUGCAGUGUGCCCGGGAGUGCAACGACGGCCUGGCACUGAGCGAUACGUACACCUUCCUCUCUAAACUGGAGAAGUACGAGCGCGCGGUGAUGAACCGCUUUAGCAUCAGACAGGCUGCCGCUGAAGAGGAUCGCUUCAUGCACCUCACACGCACCACCUGCCUCUUUAAACAGAUCCGAGAGGAUUGUGGGGUACAUGUGAUCCUGCCGUACCCCAGCAGCUGUGACUGCCAGGGGAAGCCUGCUCUGUCCAUCAGCUCCCACAAGCUGGUGGUGGCCCCGAGGCCGCCCUCACGCUCACGCCUGCAGCGGCCGCCCACCGCCCCCGCCCGCAUGCUGCACCAGCGGUCAGAGGAGGUCCACCACAUCAUGUUCAGCCCGUGGCCCAGGAGCCCGGCGCAGAGCGAGCCCGAGGCCAGGCCCGUGUGGGAUAUGAGGAGCGCGCUGCACAACAUGGAGCUCGCCCGCAAGACCCCCGUGCCCCCCGCCACUGCGCCCAUUCUGCCACGCCUCCUGGAGAUGGACAUCACCCAGAGGAGAGUCCAGGCUCUCCGCAUGGCACAGUGCAAGUUGGUGAGUGCAGCCCCACAGUUGCUGUCCACGGGAGAUGCACGAGUGACCUGAGCCGUCCUAACAGUGAGUGCAGACCCAAGUCAAUAAAGAGUAUCCUAUUCUCCAA